AGUUUGUUUUACAAAAUCUGGGGCACAUACACGGCACACAUGUUCAUGCACGCGUAAAUAUAAACACGCCGGGGUCCAGAGCCUGCACACGUGCACUGAUAGACGGGAGUCUGGACACGGUGACGAGUGGGCUACAGAGACACACACAGGGGGAGAUUCUGGCCACGCAGGGCAGAGUGAGGUGACCCAGGGCCGUACAGAGAGCCAGCCUGAUGACCAUCCACUUAGCCGUCCAAAUGCCCAUCAAGACUAUGCAUUUGAGCCUUCUGAUGCUGGCUCUGAGUGCGGCUGGGCAAGAACUCCCAUCGAGCCCUCAUGGCUGCACUGAUGGCAGCUGUUACCCUGCAACAGGAAACCUUUUGAUUGGACGGGCUGCCAACCUGACCGCCACCUCCACAUGCGGCCUGGACAGACCCGAGCAGUUCUGCAUUGUCAGUUACCUGCAGGAUGUGGACAAGUGUUUUGAAUGUGACUCCCGGCAGCCAUAUGAUCCCUACUACCACAGAAACAGCCACCGAAUUGAAAAUGUCAUCUACCUAACGGACCUCAAUGGGAACGAGAACUUUUGGAAGUCUGUCAAUGGUAAAGAAGACGUCAGCAUCAGACUGAACCUGGAGGCCGAAUUCCACUUCACACAUCUCAUCAUGAAGUUUAAGACUUUCCGCCCUGCAGCCUUGAUCAUCGAGCGCUCAGCUGAUUUUGGCCGUACGUGGCGCCCCUAUCGCUACUUCGCCUCCAACUGCACUAGAACUUUCCCCGGCAUCCCGGCCCACGGCCUGCACCAAAUCAACGACAUCAUCUGUGAGGAACGCUACUCUGACAUUGACCCCUCUAAAAACGGAGAGGUCAUUUUUAAAGUGCUGGAUCCCGCAAUUCCUGUGGAUGAUCCCUACAGCUUGGACAUUCAAGAACUGUUGCGCAUCACCAACCUUCGCAUCAACUUCACAAAGCUCAACACGCUGGGGGACGACCUGCUGGACCGCCGCUCGGACGUCUUACUAAAAUACUAUUACGCCAUUAACGAGCUGGUUGUCCGAGGAAGCUGCUUCUGUUACGGACACGCUUCGGAGUGCGCACCGGUGCCGGGGGUAAACACCCAUGACUCCGGCAUGAUCCAUGGCCGCUGUGUGUGCAAGCAUAAUACUGAAGGCCUGAACUGUGAGCGCUGCAAGAAUUUCCACAACGACUCACCUUGGAGACCAGCUGAGGCAGAAGACCCACACACCUGCAGAGAGUGUAACUGCAAUGGUCACACAGACCGGUGUCACUUUGACAUGGCGGUGUAUUUGGCUACCAGAAACACCAGUGGAGGAGUUUGUGAUAACUGUCUGCACAACACAAUGGGACGCAACUGUGAGAUGUGCAAGCCAUUCUACUACCAAGACCCAAACAGGGAUAUUCGGGACCCUCGUGUCUGUGUUGCCUGUGACUGUGACCCGGUGGGAUCAUUGGAGGGAGGCAUGUGUGACAGCCACACCGACCUGGAUAUGGGGAUGAUCACAGGACAGUGUCGCUGCAAAGCCAACGUAAAGGGCACGCGCUGCGACGACUGCAAGGCGGGUUAUUACGGACUCAGCCACAGCGACCCACUAGGGUGCCGACCUUGCAACUGUGACCCCCGUGGCAUCAUUAUGGUGGAUUCUCCUUGUGAUCAGAUCAGUGGGGACUGCUCCUGUAAAAGAUAUGUCACAGGUCGCUACUGCAACCAGUGUCUGCCUGAAUACUGGGGUCUCAGUAAUGACGAGCACGGCUGCAGAGCUUGUGAAUGUGACUUUGGUGGAGCGUUCAACAACAGGUGCAUGAUGGAUAAUGGCCAGUGCGACUGCAGGCGGCAUCUUAUAGGUCGACAGUGUUCAGAAGUGCAGCCUGGGUAUUUCUGUGCACCCCUUGACUACUACAAAUACGAGGCUGAAGAAGCUACCGGACGCUCUCCAACUGACCCCUCGCUGCCGGGCCAGGUCCGUCCGCAGGCAGCAGACGACUGCAUUCAGCACCUCAGUAACCAGGCCAGGAGGCACCGGCGACACAGGCGCAUUUCAAGCUCGCAGCAGUACCAGGCGGCGCUCAGACGCAUCCGGCAGCUUCAGCAGACACUGGAUGUCACGACGGUCCACAGAGAGCACACUCCCAGCCUCACGGCCACGUGGACCGGUCCCGGUUUCGCUCGCGUCAAAGACGGGGCCGGCUUGGUGUUCACUAUCGACAACAUCCCUUACGCCAUGGAGUACGACAUCAUGAUUCGCUACGAGCCUGAGUCCACAGAGGACUGGGAGGCUGUGGUUAGCAUCACCUCCGCUGAGCUGCCCUCAAGUCGCCGAUGUGGAAACCUUCUGCCAGCCGAACAGCUCUACACUGAAACGCUGCCGCACCGCGACAGAUACCUCCUGAUGUCCAGGCCCUUUUGUUUUGAGCCCAGUAAUCGCUAUGUGGUUGCAAUCAGGUUCCAGCGACACGGAGUCGCUUACAGACAUCUUACCGCCUUCAUCCUCAUUGACUCGCUGGUAUUGAUCCCCAAGUACACGGAGCUUCCUGGUUUCAAGGAGAGUGGUCAGGACGCAGAACGGCACCGUGAGGACAUGAUCCGCUACAUGUGCCUGGAUUCCUUCCUGAUCACGCCGAUGCCACCUCUGGCUGAGCCGUGCGCCAGACUCAUCUGCAGCAUCUCAGCCAACAUUCACGACGGGGCUCUGCCCUGUCAGUGUGACCCUCAGGGCUCCGUCAGCGGCGAGUGUGACAAGGUCGGAGGUCAGUGCCGCUGUAAAGCCAACGUCAUUGGGCGGCGCUGCGACCAGUGCGCCCCAGGGACCUACGGCUUCGGAGUGAAUGGCUGCACUGCCUGUGCCUGCCACCCAGAGGGCUCCUUUAGCCACCAGUGCGACCCGCUGACGGGUCAGUGCCCAUGCAGGCAAGGGGCCACCGGGCGCCAGUGCUCAGACUGCCAACCAGGCCAGUGGGGCUUCCCCGGCUGCAGCCCCUGUCAGUGUAACGGCCACGCAGACCUCUGUGACUCCCGGACGGGGGAGUGCCGAGGCUGCAGGGACAGCACCGCGGGCCACUUCUGCGAGCGCUGCGUGGAAGGGUUCUUUGGAAACCCAGUGCUUGGCUCAGGGGAUCACUGUCACCCCUGCCCGUGCCCUGGUAACCCCAGUUCAGACCACUUUAAUGGGAAUUCCUGUCAAACCGACUAUAGCUCCAACCAGAUCAUCUGCAACUGCAAACAAGGCUUUACAGGUCCCCGCUGUGAUCAGUGUGCCCCAGGUUACUAUGGCAACCCGGAGCAGCCCGGCGGGCAGUGCCUGCCCUGCGAGUGCAACAACAACAUCGACCCCCAGGAUCCUGGGUCAUGUGACCCCAGGACGGGACGGUGCCUCAGGUGCCUUUUCCACACCGACGGGCCGUCCUGCGACCAGUGUGAACGCGGCUACUAUGGCAACGCACUGAUCAAGGACUGCAGACGUUGCACUUGUGUGUCUGCUGGAACACUGGCGUCUGCCUGCAGUGAUGGACAGUGUCUCUGCAACCAUCAGACCGGAGCCUGUCUUUGCAGGGGUUCUGUGAUCGGUAACAACUGUGACCAGUGUGCCCCUGACCACUGGAACUAUGGCCAGGAAGAAGGCUGUCAGCCCUGUAACUGUGACCCGCAGCAUUCUCUGGGGGCUCACUGCAACAUGUUCACUGGCCAGUGUCACUGUCGCCCCGGCUUUGGAGGACAACGGUGCACCGAGUGCCAAGAGCAUCACUGGGGGGACCCACGGGUGGCGUGUGAAGCGUGUAACUGCCACCACCUGGGCUCCCAGUCGGCCCAGUGUAACCGAGAAACGGGGAAGUGCGAGUGCCGGGAAGGCAUGGCGGGAGCCCGGUGCGAUGAAUGUGCACGCGGCUUCACGGGCGUCUUCCCCAACUGUGUGCGCUGUCAUCAGUGUUUCCAGCUGUGGGACGACUACCUGUGCCAGAUCAGAAGAGACUUAGAUCACCUACAGUACACCGUACAGAAGAUCCUGGCGAGCGGCAUCACGCCCGGAGUCGGCAGCGACCGCAUCAAGGAGCUUGAGCAGAAGCUGGACCAGGUGCGGGACCUGAUCGAUGGAGGGGACAUGGACAGGAUCCAUCAGCUGAUUGCACAGAGCAUCGAUGACCUCCGCCCUGAGAUUCUUCUCACUAAUGAACGUGUGACUGAAAUCGACCAAGAAAUAAACAAAACAAUGGCAGCGGACGAGGUCUUAAAUCGCACCCUGAAUGACCUGGAGAGGGAGCUGAGGGACGUUAACGCUACGUUUGCUCACAGGCAGCAGCUGCUGGAUAACUACCUCACUUCAGGAUUUGCAGAUCAGUUUGAGAAAGUGAAGAAGUCCUACCAGGAGUCACGCCAGGCUGAGGAGAAAUGCAACGCCUCAGUGUCGGGUCCUGGAAAUCCAGUCGAACAGUCCAACCAAACCCGAGAGGACACUGAGAAGCUGUUGAACGCCAAGAAAGACGAGCUCCUCCAGAAUCUAACUGUUCACAACCAUUCAUUAAAUGAGCUGCACCAAAAGACCCAAAACCUCAGUGAGACGGUCCAGCAUCUCAGCCAGAAGGUGUGUGGCGGUCCCAGCAAUACCAGCCAAAACAGCAGCUGCUCUAAAAGCCAGUGUGGCGGCGCAAACUGCCAUGACGACCAGGGCGACCUUGUUUGUGGGGGAGAGGGAUGCAACGGGACAAUGAGCGCCUCUUUGACUGCGCUGAACGACGCACAGAACCUUACAGACAGUCUGAAAGCGGCUAUGGAGGAGCUGCAGGGAGUCGCAAAGAAGCUUCAGGAUAUAGCUUCUCAGACCCAGUCUGUGAAGAACCAGACAAUGAAUGUUCUGGAGAAAGCCCAGAAGAAGAAGGAAAACUUUGAAAAAAACAACGAAGCUCUUAAAGAUUUCAUUAAGACGAUCAAAGACUUUCUCACAGAGGAGGGAGCAGAUCCUGAGAGCAUCCAGAAGGUGGCCCAGCAGGUCUUAGACAUCAAGCUGCCACUCAACAGGACCACGCUGGACAAAAUGACCAUGCAGAUCAAAGACAGCAUUGCCAACCUCAGCAAUGUGCAAGGCAUCGUGAAUCAAACCUCGGCGCUCAUCCGCAAAGCUGAGGAGCUGCUGAAUAAAGCUAAAGAUGCAGAGAGCCGAGCAAUAGGAGUGGGGGAUCUCGUCAAUAACACCAAACAGGCCUUGAAUGUCUCUGCGACAGCCAUAGAGAAAGCAAACGCGGCCCUGAAGAUGGCCCACAACAACCUAAACAGGACGAAGAACGCCACUGCUCAGGUGGAAGAGGGGCUGCGGCAGCUGGAGGCCAAGCAGAUGGAGAACAUGAUGCGUCUAGCCAACCUGUCCAUGGGGGUGGACGCUCUAAAGAACAAGACGGAGAUGAACAAACUGAUGGCACAGGACGCCCUAACCCUGGCUAACAACGCAACUCACCAGGCAUCCACGCUAGAGCGGAGGCUAAAUGACACAGAGAAACAGUACCGUGAGCUGCAGGUGAAGAUGGAGUCUCUUGGCGACACUGGAAAUCUGAACGACAUCCACCAGAAGGUCACAGACAUGAAGAAGGCCGCAGAAGACCUUCUAAGCAAAGCCACUAACGGGAUAAAGGAUCUCAACAAACUAGGGGAAACAAUAAAGAGCAACGAGGAGCGGAUGCAGAAGCAGCGUGAGGAGCUGGAGGACCUCAAGCAAAACGUCACAUUCAUACGAGACAUAAUCCAGGAACAAGUCAAGAAGUACAGUAGCUGCAGUUCAUGAUCUCACAAUCUUCCACGUCUCGCCUGCUGCUGUGGUGGAGGGGGGAUGUCUGAUGCUGUGACUGGAAGCAGACAAACGUCACCUGUACCAAUGAAAAGCUGCUCAGAAGCUACCUCCAUACUAUCACUGGAUUUCAAGUUUUACAGUCUACCCGUCAAAGUAUUAUACGACAUAAAUACCUUACCCUAUUCAUGUACUGUACUGUUUUCUCCUAUCACUUAUACAGUGUGCGAUGUUUGUCCAUCCAUCCAUCCAUUUUCUGACCCGCUUAAUCCCUCAUGGGGUCACGGGGGUUGCUGGUGCCUGUCUCCAGCAUUCACCGGGCGUGAAGCGGUGUGAUGUUUGUAUUAAAGCUAUUUCAGCAAGCCAAUUACUGAAGAUGGACAUUUGUUGUAAAGUCCACAGUGAGUUAAUCAAUGUUAUGUUUAAUAAACUUCGGAAAUAUAUCAAAUAUGUUAUCACAAAGUUAUUUUCACCAAAUGUAUCAAAAUAUAAUCUAGCAUUCCCUUAAAAAUGAAAAGAAAAGCUUUGUAUCAUAUUAAAUUUCACGCUCCUUGUUUAGAAAUAUAAUAAACAUUUAUUCUUUCACAAGAUAUUCCUCCUGAGAUGUAUUUUAGUAAUGGAGUCAAUCUGAUGUUUGAUCUAAACGUGUUGCAUCACCCGAUGAAUUUCUGCAGCUGUGGAGCUGUAGUUUAUAUGUCUUACCACAAAGGGGCGCCGUACAUUUUGCGUGGCAGUUGUGUUUGUUCCAUCAGUUCUGCCUCAGCAACUUUUCUCUGUUCAGUUAUUCAGAAUUUAUACAGGGUAAUACAUUUGUGAUAAAAAAAAAAUAGGGAAGUGAUGAAAAA